AUGGGGCUAAAUACCUUGUUUGCGGAAAAUCAUUACGGGCGCCUACAAACGCCAUGCGGAUUGGUGAUACACGCAACGCACCCACUUACACAUGAAUUCACGGCCGCGGCUUCUUUACAUCGCGCCACAAUCGCCGGUCCGGGGAACGUGGUCACCAAGUUAAGACUAUGGAGCACAGACACUGCGCGGGCACCGGCACAAGCGCGAUCAGUAACGGCGCGGCGCGAUCCAGCGUGCGGCGUGGCACGUUUGCAGCACGAGGGCGUGUUCGCGCGAUUCUCGCAGGACGCGGCAGCUCAGGUGACGCACGGACGCAGCGCGGUGCGGUGCGGUGCGGACAAGCGCUUGCACGGGCUAGCGCCGACACACGACAGCCUCCGUCGCAAUGACGAAGCGGCCGGGUACGCGCGCGCGCUCUACGACGCAGCCUCCCGAAUCUCUCCGACCCGCAACGAAAUCUCACGACUUGGGGGGUGA